AUGUCCAGCACAAGCCGCUACCCGGCCCUUCCGAGCCGCAUGUCGCUCAUCGCCUUCAAGACGCGUCUGAAAGGUGCACAGAAGGGGCACAGCUUAUUGAAAAAGAAGGCCGAUGCCCUGGCGCUGCGCUACCGGACGGUGAUGGGUGAACUGCGCACAGCGAAGCUCGAAAUAGCGAACCAGAUCAAGGGCUCCUACUUCACCAUCACGCAGGCACAGUUCAUUGCCGGAGAUAUUAGCCUUGCCGUGCAGGAGUCGCUCAAGAUCCCGACGUACCGGAUGGAGCUGCAUGUGGAGAACAUUGCUGGCGUGCAGGUGCCGAGCUUUCACACCCAAAACGACGACGUCGCCGACAGUCAAGGCGAUUCUGCGGCGGAGUCGCGCCUGAAGGGCUACAACUCGUACUCCACAGGCGCCGUCACCGGCUCCCUCACAACUGGUCUGGGUAAGGGUGGCGAGCAGAUCAAGGAGGCCUACGCCGCCUUCCGCCACACCCUCUCGCUCCUCGUCAAGAUCGCGUCCCUGCAGACGAGCUGGAUUACGCUCGACAUUGCGCAAAAGGUGACGAACCGCCGCGUGAAUGCCCUGGAGAAGGUAGUGAUUCCGCGCGUGCAGAACACCCUCAGCUACAUCGCUUCAGAGCUAGACGAGCAGGAGCGUGAGGAGUUCUUCCGUCUUAAAAUGGUGCAGAAAAAGAAAAUCACGGCAAAGAUCCAGCAGAGCGCGCGCCAAGCUGAAGCGGCCGACAUCGAGGCGGAGCGGACGCGGAAGCGCAACCUCCUCAUGGUCCAGCGCGACGGAGGCGUGGUCGAGGCGGACAUGGUGGUGUAA